AUGGUCGCCACCAAGGUCUCCGCCAUCCUCGGCGCUCUCGCCUCCGCCGCCACCGUCUCCGCCCACGGCUACGUCUCGCACAUCAUCGUCGACGGCGUCCAGUACCCCGGCUACAACCCCACCACCCACCCCUACAUGAGCAACCCUCCCACCGUUGUCGGCUGGUCCGCCGACCAGCUCGACCUCGGCUUCGUCCGGCGCCCCGCCAAGGGCCACGCCCAGGUCAAGGCCGGCGCCAUCAUCACCUUCCAGUGGACCACCUGGCCCGAGAGCCACCACGGCCCCAUCAUCGACCACCUCGCCGCCUGCAACGGCCCCUGCGAGAACGUCAAGAAGGAGGACCUCCGCUUCUUCAAGAUUGACGGCUUGGGCCUCAUCACCCCCGGCGCCGCCGGCUACUACGCCGCCAACAAGCUCAUGGACAACCAGGACCGCUGGGUCCUCCGCAUCCCCUCCAACAUCAAGCCCGGCAACUACGUCCUCCGCCACGAGAUCAUUGCCCUCCACGGCUCCAACUCGUACGACGGCACCCAGAGCUACCCUCAGUGCUUCAACCUCGAGAUCACCGGCUCCGGUACCGACGUCUUCCCCGGCGUCCCCGGCACCGAGCUCUACGGCGACAGGGAUCCCGGUAUCCUCAUCAACACCUACAACAACAGCCUCCUCGACUACCCCGUCCCCGGCGGCGCCAUCGUGAACGGCGGCGUCUCCUCCAUCGCCCAGAACGCCCAGGUCGCCACCUCCACCGGCACCCCCACCCCGCUAGCGGAGCCACCUCCCCUACCUCCACCGCCGCGGGCGCUUCCUCCAGCACCACCUCGCGCGCCACACCCCUAUGGCCAGUGCGGCGGUAACGGAUGGACCGGUCCCACCACUUGCGCCAACGGUGUCAAGUGCACGUGGCUCAACGACUGGUACUCCCAGUGCACUCCUUAA